AUGAGCAAAGUGAAACGGCUCUUAAUGUGUCUUAACCAGCAUGAGUUCAUCAGGAUGCGUUCUGCUUUACCUGUUAACGGGACAAAUAAGAAACAAGAAGGACGAGCACAGGCCGGCGGCGCGCAGCAGCUCCAGGCCGCGGGUAAAGACGCCCUGAGCGGGCGCGUGAGGAUCCACAUCGGAGGAGUUCAAGUGAUUUUACCGCACAAAAUGGAUCCAAACUCAGCAUCUGGUGGUGCUUCAAAAAGUAAGAAAGACAAGGAGAAGAAAAGCAAGAAGUACGAUGAGGACGGAGACGAAAAAAAGAAGAAGUUUACUCUGAAACGGCUGAUUCCUGAUGAGCUGGAGCGCUUCACCAGCAUUCGGACGAAGAAGGAGAAGGAGAAGGAGAAGGAGAAGGAGAAGGAGAAGGGAGGCACGAUGGGAAACAGACACUCUUCAGCCCCCCAGUUUGAAGUGUACCAGAGCGCCUCUCUGAACGAGCUGACGGACGAGUCUGUGCUGGAGCUGUUUGAGCAGAUGCUGGUGGAUAUGAACCUGAAUGAGGAGAAGCAGCAGCCGCUGAGGAAGAAGGACAUCAUCAUCAAGAGAGAGAUGGUGUCUCAAUACCUGCACACCUCCAGUGCUAGUAAGAGUCAGAAGGAGAGCUCUAGGUCAGCACUGAUGUACAUCCAGGAACUGAAGACCGAUCUGAGAGACGUACCGUUACUGAGCUGCCUGGAGUCACUGCGUGUGUCAUUGAACAACAACCCCGUCAGUUGGGUCCAGACGUUUGGAGCCGAGGGUUUGGCUUUGCUUCUGGCAUUCCUCAGGAAACUCCAAGAUGAGAGAGAAGACCCUUUGAAUCCUGGGAUUGGUGUUAAAUGUCAACAUGAGAUCAUUCGAUGUCUCAAAGCCUUCAUGAACAACAAGCACGGUCUUAAUGCCAUGCUGACGUCAAAAGAAGGAAUCCCUCUCCUGGUCCGAUCCAUCAAUCCAAAAGUGCCACACAUGAUGGUGGAUGUAGUCAAACUGCUGUCUGCUCUCUGCAUCCUCGAGCGUCCAGGAAACACGCACGAGCGAGUUCUGGAGUGCAUCACUGAACAGGCUGAAGAGCAGGAGAUUGAGAGGUUCCAGCCGCUGCUGUCCGGCAUGAGUAAAAACUCCAUCACGCUCAAGGCCGGCUGUAUGCAGCUGAUCAACGCUCUCAUCAGUCGAGUGGAGGAGCUGGACUUCAGGAUCCACCUGAGAUCAGAGCUCAUGAGACUGGGUCUCAAAGACCAGCUGAAGGAGGUGAGGUCGAUUGAGAACGAUGAGCUCAAGGUGCAGUUGCAGGUGUUUGAAGAACAAGCUGAUGAAGACUCUGAAGAUCUUCGCUCACGGUUGGAUGAUGUCCGUCUGGAGAUGGAUGAUAUGACUGAAGUCUUCCAGAUCUUGAUGAACACCGUGAAGGACUCGAAAGCUGAACCUCUCUUCCUGUCUCUGCUGCAGCACCUGCUGCUGGUGCGAAACGACUACAUGUCCAGGCCUCAGUACUAUAAACUCAUCGAUGAGUGUACGGCUCAGAUCGUUCUGCACAGGAACGGCUGUGAUCCAGACUUCAAAUGCAGGAAGUUUGACCUUGACGUGGACCAUCUGAUUGAUAACAUGGUUGAUAAGACCAAAGUGGAAAUCAGUGAAGCUAAGGCCACAGAGAUGGAAAAGAAGCUGGACGCAGAGUUGACGGCCCGUCACGAGCUGCAGGUGGAGCUGAAGAAGAUGGAGGCCGAUUACGAGCAGAAGGUUCUGGAGCUGAGCACUGAGAAAGAGACGCUGGGGAAAGAGAAGAACGAGCAGGAGAAAGAGAACCAGGGCCUGCAGUCAGAGAUCAGCCAACUGAAAGAGAAGAUUGAGAAGCUCUCAAAAGAUCUCAAAGAAGCCAAAGCGAAGGUCAUCACUGUGCCUGUGCCUGUGGCUCCGCCCCCCAGCCAGUCAGCUUCUUCUGUGCCACCUCCACCUCGUCCUGCUGGAGCUAGCCUCCCACCUCCUCCUCCACCGGGCCAAACGGCCAUGCCCCCGCCACCGCCACCUCCUCCUCUGCCUGGGGCACUUGGUCUGGCUCCGCCCCCUCCACCACCUCCUUUACCCGGAGCACCUGUUAUGCCAACGCCCCCUCCGCCUCCACCUCUUCCCGGGGCAGCCAAUAUGCCGCCGCCUCCUCCGCCUUUACCGGGUGCACCUGGAAUGCCGCCUCCUCCUCCUCCUUUACCUGGAGCACCUGGUAUGCCGCCUCCUCCGCCUCCUCCACCUGGAAUGCCCGGUAUGCCUCCUCCACCUCCUCCGAUGGGCGGUCCUGGGAUGCCUCCGCCCCCUCCGGGUGGGUUUGGUGGAUGGGCGCCUGCUGUUCCUCAGCUGCCCUUCGGCCUCCAGCCAAAGAAAGACUACAAACCUGAGGUGCAGCUGAAGAGAGCCAACUGGAGCAAGAUCGCAGCAGAGGAUCUGUCUGAAGGCAGUUUCUGGGUGAAGGCUAAGGAGGACCGCUUUGAGAACAAGGAGCUGUUGGCCAAACUCACACUGACCUUCUCCAGCCAGACCAAAAGUAAGAAAGAUCAAGAGGCAUCUGAGGAUAAGAAAAAUGCUCAAAAGAAGAAGGUGAAGGAGCUGAAGGUACUCGACUCCAAAACAUCCCAGAAUCUCUCUAUAUUCUUGGGUUCAAACAGGAUGCCUUAUGAAGAGAUGAAGAAUGUCAUCCUGGAGGUCAACGAGAAAGUUCUCACUGAAAACAUGGUUCAGAGUAUGCUGAAGCUGCUGCCAGAGCAGGAACAACUGAACUUAUUAUCAGAGAUGAAAGACGAGUACGAGGAGCUGGCCGAGUCUGAACAGUUCGCAGUUGUGAUCAGUACAGUGAAGCGUCUGAAGCCCCGUCUGAGCUCUAUCCUCUUCAGGCUUCAGUUUGAGGAGCAGAUGAAUAACAUCAAGCCAGACCUAGUGGCAGUGAAGGCCGCCUGUGAGGAGCUUCAGAAGAGUGAGGGCUUCGCCAAACUGCUGGAGAUCACGCUGCUGCUGGGAAACUUCAUGAACGCAGGAUCACGCAACGCCAAAGCUUUCGGCUUCAGCAUCAGCUACCUGUGCAAGUUGAGAGACACUAAAUCAGCCGAUCAGAAACAGACUCUAUUGCACUUCCUGGCGGAAAUAUGUCAAGAGCAGUAUCCUGAGGUCAUGAACUUCUCAGAGGAGCUCACCCAUGUGGAGAAAGCCAGCAAAGUGUCGGUAGAGACGCUUCAGAAGAAUCUAGAUCAGAUGGGAAAGCAGGUUAAAGACCUGGAGAAAGACCUUGAGACGUUCCCCCCUCCCCAGAGCGACAGGGACAAAUACGUAGAGAAAAUGACCAGUUUUGUAGCGACGGCUCAGGAGCAAUUCGUGAAGCUCAAGCUGAUGCAUGAGAACAUGGAGAAGCAGUAUGAGGAUUUGGCCAAAUACUUUGUGUUCGACCCCAAGAAAAUGACUCCAGAAGAGUUCUUCGGUGACCUCAACAACUUCAGGAACAUGUUCCAGCAAGCAGCAAAAGAGAACCAGAAACGCAAAGAAGCGGAGGAGAAGAUUCGUCGAGCCAAACUGGCGAAAGAGAAAGCGGAAAAAGAGAAGGAGGAGAAACAAAAGAGAAUGAUUGCUGGACAGAUUCCCAACAUCAAUGAUGAUGAUGAGACUGGUAUCAUGGAUGGUUUGUUGGAGGCGCUGCAGUCUGGAGCUGCUUUCAAGAGGAAGAGAGCACCACGACAAGCAGCCAACAAUCGGAGAGGAGCCGGUCACGCCGUGACAAACAUUCUCGCCAAAGAGCUUCUUCAGGAUAAUGCCCCGCCCAGUGCCACGAAAAAGACCCGAUUGGAAGCACAGGACAGGAAGGAGUCAUCUCCAGAGGACACGGGCUCGCUGGAGGACCUCUUAGAUGACGCUCCGUUACGCUCACAUUAAGGACUUCCAAUGCUGAUCCUGCCUGUUAAAAGACAGACUGUAUUUGGGGACCAAGUCUGCGAGGGCGGGGCUCUUGCUACGCCACACCCACACAGCUUCCUAUUGGGCCGUCACACUGGAGGAGCGGCCUCAUCUCAGCACUGUCACACUCGUUUUGUCAUUUUUUUAACACUCUUUCUCUAAACACAAGGUUUCAUUUGUCCGCUAUCUGUAUCGACUGCUUUUGCAAGAUUCCAAAGAUUCGUAUAGAGAUUCUGUUUGGAAUUCUAUUCCAGAUUCAUCUGAAUGUCCUCUUUUGGUUCCUUCUGAAAACAAACAUCUGUUCUGCUUUAACAUUAAGCUUUUUUUGUUUGGUUUUUGACACUUAAA